AUGGAGAGUUACGGCGACGACGACUACGAGGACACGUCCGGAUCUGACAGGCAUUCCCGCCAAACGCGCGGCAGCUACAGCGACUCGGAGCCGCCGUCGGCGCGCGGGCGCGGGCCUCAGGGCGCGCGGUACGAGGACGAGGACGAAGGGGGAGAGGAGGGAGAGUAUGAGGUGGAGGAAGCGGAGGAGGAGUACGACGAUGGGCGCGGCAGCCACAGGGGAGGCGCGGAUCCGCUCUACCACUCCGCGGAGUUCCCGCUUGGGGGAAACCCAGCGUCGGGCAGCGAGCGCGGCUCGCGAGCGAACUGGGACGCUUCCACAGACGACUCGUACGCCGACCGCGGCCGCGACCACGACAGGGACCGCGAUCGCGACGGCGACGCUGGCGACGAUGGCGACGACGGCGACGACGGCGGCGACUACGGCGACCAGGGAUCUCCGCGCUCGCAGGCCAGUUACCGCUCCGGGUCGUACAGGGAAGGCGGCAGCCGGUCGCAGCAGCGGCGGCGGGGGGGGCGGGACGAGGACGAGAGGUAUGGGGACGAGGACGAGGAGUAUUACGACGAUGAGGGGGAGGAUUACGGGCGCGCGGACACGUACAAGCGCGCGGGGUCGUUCUCGCGCACGGGCACGUUUUCGCGCACGAUGACGUUCUUUGGGCGCAGCCUCACGCGCACGAACACCAUGUCGAAGAACCUGUCGCGGAGCCUCACGCGCACCAUCACGCGCCAGUAUAAGUUCGAGACGGAGGAGGAAGUGGAGGAGGCGGCGGCGGCGAUGGAGGAGGCGCGGCGGCAGCGGCUGGAGCGGGGAGACGGCGCGCUGGAGGACGCAACGACCAAGGUGGUGGAGAACACCACCAAGCUCGCGCGCACCAUGACCAUGGCCGCUGCCGCUCCCGUCGUCGCCGUGCUCGAAAACGAGCAAGUGCAGAAGCAACUAAAUUUCUUUAAGGAGCGAGCCCUCACCAUGGCGGUCGGCCGUCCCGACUGGCACCCCGAGCCUCCAAAAGUCCCUCUCCCGGCGGCGUGCAACUGCUGCUCAGUCCUCAUCAUCUUCCUCGUGCUGCUCCUGCCGGGCCUGCUCUUCUUCGACGUGACUCGCCAGCCCGUCAUGAGCGUCUAUGUCACCGCCAUUGCCACGCCCGCGGGCCCCCAGAUGCCGCCGCUGUCGCUGCCGCCGCUGGGGCAGGUGUGCAGCUCGGGGGGAUUCGGCGCGCAGGCGGUGAAUCCGGGGGUGAAGACGAUGAAUAGCACCUGGUGGAGCAAUGCUCUUGCUGAUGGCGCUCAGAUCCAGCUGCUUUCAUACGGCAACCUGUGGUGGUAUCCGCAGCCCCCCAACGGGGUCCUCAAAGGUGUUACCAAGCAGAUCCCAGGCGCGCCACCUCCCCCAUACACCACCCCCCCCGGCUCCCCCCCCGUCGUCAUCCCCGAAACCCCCGAUACCAGCAACACCCAGUCCCCCCCUCCCGGCCCCGCUGUUCCCCCGCCUUCCCCUCCCCCCAUUUCCCCGCCCCCGCCGUUUGUCCCGCCUCCGCUCUCCCCUCCGCCAACCUUCCCGCCUCCUGCGCCCCCUUCCCCUCCGCCAGCGCCCUACACUACCCCACCCCCAUUCCCGCCUCCCCCGCUGCAACCCCCAUCUCCGCCUGCCCCCCCCGCCUCCCCCCCACCCCCGUCCCCGCCCCUGGCCCCCCCGCCCCCAUACGUCCCCCCGCCUCCCCCACCCCCGCCGCUUCCCCCUGGUGCUCUCCCCGCGCCCUCCCUCCCCCCUGGCGUGUACGCCCCCCCGCCGCGAAAGAACCUCCCACCGUACAUCCCGGGAAUGAAGGGCGCAAUCAACAUGGGGGAGAACGUGAUUCUAGACAUCAGCAAGAUAAAUGCAGUGGUGGUAUACGGGGAGGACGACAUGAAUCACGCCACUCGAGGCUCCUUCAUAGCCAAUUCGUUCUACGUGAAUGUGAUUGUGACGGGGAAAGGGCAGGAAGGCGGGUCGUACGCGGCGGUUCUGUGGGACGAUGGGAACAAAACGGUGGAGUUUCAGCCGGGGCCGGUGAUUGACAGCCUGUUGGAUCGCCGCCGGUCCAUCGGAGAGCUCUCGUAUCUGAAAGUGCUCAACGGGACGUUUCUGGGAGGGAAUUCUGACGGGAAAUACGGCAGCACGGCACAGCUUGCAGACAACACGACCAAGGACAUCGGGGGUAUGCCUGUGUGGGGUACGAUUCUUGACGGGAUUCUGUACAACAACACCAUUGAAAUCACCAAGGAGAAUCGCCCGAGGUUCGGGUACGGGUACACGCCCCCUCCGGCCAACUCCUGGUUCGGAGGAGGUGGGCGACGGCGCCUGCUCCAAGCACCAGACUCGCCUCCUUCCCCCCCUGUCCCCACUCCUGCUUCUCCUGGCAAGCCCAAGCCGCCUGCUCCCCCCGGCGCCCCUGCGCCUCCUGCGGAGGGAACGACAGGUGGCUUUGGGGCGUAUGGGCGGGGCCCGCUGGGGCUGAACACGAACACAGCUCCGGGCGUGGACGAGUUCUUCACGGUUGUGCGCGUGAACAAGACGACGUUCCGCCUCAAGGCGCCCAAUGGCAACUGGCUGACUGUGACUAAGGAUGGGACUCUCGUUGCCACGCAGACUGGCAAGACGCCUGAAGGGAUAUUCUCGGCUGAUCCGGUGGGUUGGGGGGGAUGGGGUGGGGGAGGGGAGGGAGAAUGGGGGGAGCGAGAUGGGGGAAGGGACGAGGGGAGGGAUGUGGGAAGGGACGAGGCUGGGCGUCGGGAGCUCAGGGGAGAUGUUAAAAGGCUUCCUGUGCUGCCUCUGCUUUCAGCCUCUUCUUUCUUUUGGCUUGUGUUUCAUCUCUCAUCUGCUCCCCCUGCUGCCCCUCCCACCUGUCCCACCCUUCCACUCAACCCCUCCCAACCGCCCCUCCCUACCGCCCCCUCUCUACUACCCCUCCCUGCUGCUUCUCCCCAUUGCCCGACCCAUACUUCGUGUGUGAGUGCUCCUCUCCGCCUCUCCCCCCACGGCGCUCUGACCGUCAUCCGAGUGCAGGUGGGGCAGCGGCAGAUGGUGCUGCACACGUACGACGGGGGGAUAGUGGGGCAGCGGCAGAUGGUGCUACACACGUAUGACGGCGGGAUAGUGGGGCAGCGGCAGAUGGUGCUGCACACGUAUGACGGCGGGAUAGUGGGGUGGAGGAACGCGGACGCGGUGGGGCAGCUGCAGGUGCAGCGCAACAGGAACGCCUUCGACGCCAUGGGCGGGGGGCCCCAGGGCGCGCAGUACACGUGGAACGUGCGCGAGGUCACCCAGGUGGCGCGAAUUCGAGGCAUGAACCUGGGAGGGUGGCUGGUGCUGGAGCAGUGGAUGACGCCCGGCAUGUACGACGGCGUGCCGGACCUGGUGGACGGUUGGGAGCUCAAGUUCAAGUCCGUUGCCAACAGCAAGUACCUUCGCGCUGCUGUUGGCGGCGACCACAAGCUGCGGUGCACGGGAGACGGGGGCAGUACAGACUAUGACCACUUUGUGAUUCGCAGGGUGGAUGGGGCGGGCGGCAAGGUGCAGGUGCGGCUGUGGAAGUCGGGGCUGUUCAUGCAGGCUCAGGGCGGCGGGGGAGGCGCUGUCAUCACGCAGUAUGACGUGCCGCGCGACGACAGCAGCGACGUCUGGACCAUGGAGGUGUCAUCGGACGGCAGCAAGGCGCAGUUCAAGGCGAACAACGGCAUGUACCUGAACGUGCAGGGGGACGAGGUCGCUGCCUCUACCUCCUCUGGCUCAUUCGAUGGCUCCACCGCCUUUUACAUUGACAGAGUGACAUCAGUCCAGGGCGAGUGGCAGACAGCGGCCUACGCACGGGACUCGGGCAGCCGACUGCCGGACCACUGGCGGGGCUUCAUAGUGGAGGACGACUGGCGGUACCUGGCGGAGCAGGGCAUCAACACCGUGCGCAUCCCCGUGGGCUACUGGAUCAUGCAGGGCAACGAGCCCGACUGGCCCUUUGUCCCCGGGACCGAUGCUGUGCUCGACAGUGCCUUCUCCAUGGCUGAAAAGUAUUCGAUCCGCAUCUUCCUGUCAAUGCACAGUGCGCCGGGCGGGCAGAACCACGGCAGUGAGAGCUCCGCGCGCGACGGCGCCCCUGACUGGCAGCGCUACGAGGGCAACAUCAACAAGACGCUCGACUGCAUCGAGUGGCUCGCCAGCAGGUACUCCAAGAGCCCAGCUCUCUUCGGCAUCGGCCUUCUGAAUGAGCCCAACACGGACAUGGUGCCAUUGGGCACGGGCGGCAGCCCCAGUGGGCGGCUGAAGCAGUACAUGCUGGAUGCAUACAGCAUCAUUCGCAAGUACUCGCCCUGCGCUUAUGUGGGCAUCUCGCCGCUGCUGGGUCAACCCCCGGCUACCGACAUGGCUGGGUUCAUGACCAAUGCUCUGGAGUUCAACAACGUGAUGAUAGACGUGCAUUACUACAACGUGUUUGACCCGGACAUCAACACCAACCCCAGCUUCCAGGCGCACAUUGACUAUGUGCGCAACCAGCGGGCCUCCGAGCUCAAAGCGCUCUCUGAAGGCGACCGCACCGUGCUUGUCGGCGAGUGGUCACUAGCACUGCCAGAGUUUGUGGGGGCGAAGGAGGGAGACUACGGAGUGUACAGCCAGACGCAGCUGGAGGUGUACAACAAUGCGUCAGCCGGGUGGUUCUUCUGGUCCUUCAAGGUGGACAAGGACUCGCGUGGCGUGCCCAACUGGGCCAUGAUCACUGCGCAGAACAAGGGCUGGCUCACCUACUGA